GCACUGGACAGGAGGAGGGAGACCGAAGAGAGCAGAAAACCUGGCACACAGUUCAAAGACACCAGGCUGGAUCUAGAGAAGUUGACAGGCGUAUCCAACGUCAGCACCUUCUUACUGGACCGUUUAACAGGCAGGAUGUUCCUGGGUGCCAGGGAUGCCAUAUUGUCUGUGGACACCAAUGACCUGAGCAAAGAGCCUCUCAAGAUUACGUGGGAUGUGCCAGAAGAGAAGAGAAAAUCCUGUGUGACCAAAGGAAAGACAGAGGUUGACUGCCACAACUACAUCCGCCUGCUGGAGUUUCUGCAAGAUGGACGCAUCUAUGUUUGUGGCACCUACGCCUUUGAUCCCCAGUGUGCCUUCCUGGAGCUCCCCUCCUUCACCCUGGAGAUAGCUGAGGAUGGAGAGGUGAAGAUGGAGACAGGGAAGGGCAAGUGUCCCUUUGAGCCCAGCCAGCACUACACAGCUGUUAUGGCAGGUGGUACCUUGUACACAGCAGCCACCAGUAACUUCCUGGGAACACUGUUUGACAUCUCCCGGGCAAUGGGCCCUGAGCAGGAGCGCAUCCGAACAGAGCGAUCCAUCAACUGGCUCAAUGAUCCAGAGUUUGUGAGCUCAGCCUUCAUAGAGCACUCAUCUGAUGGCAACCCAGCGGGAGAUGAUGACCAGAUCUACUUCUUCUUCACUGAAGUGGCCAAAGAGUACGACCUCUACACUAAAGUCAGAGUCCCCAGGGUGGCACGAGUCUGCAAGUCUGACGUGGGAGGGAUGAAGACUCUGCAGCGACGCUGGACCACCUUCCUCAAGGCCCAGCUGGUGUGUGAGGACAAACCUAGUGGUCAGCGCUACAACAUCCUGACUGAUGUUUUCACCAUGCAACACACACAAGGCGACCCCAGCAGCACACACUUCUAUGGACUCUUUACCUCCCAGUGGGAGCACGAAGAGCUGUCAGCAGUAUGUGUUUUCAGUCUGUCUGAUAUCAACAAAGUGAUGGACGGUCCCUUUAAAGAGCUGAGGAAGACCUGUGAGAACUGGAUCAACCCUGAACCUGUCCCCACACCACGGCCUGGCCAGUGUUUGAACAAUGCAUUAAAGGCUGAAGGAUUUGAAUCCUCCCUAAAACUUCCAGACAAGGUGCUGACGUUUGUGAGAGACCACCCUCUGAUGGAGAACAGUGUUACUGCAGCCCCCCUGCUGGUGCAGAAGGGAAUCAGAUACACCAAGCUGGCUGCAAACCAUAGAGACACCAAAGUGCAGCCGAGAGGAGUAGUGCUGCACCUUGGAACAGACCGUGGGGAGCUCCAUCAGGUGGAAGUAGUUGGCCAGAACGCCACCUUACUACAAGAGAUCCCUCUGUUCAGCUCACAGGAGCCCAUUAACAAUAUACUACUGAGCCAGGGCCAGGCCCUGGUGGGCAGCCCCCUGUCUCUGGCUCGUGUCCAGGCUGAAGGCUGCGCUCUCUAUCCCAGCUGUGAGGCAUGUGCCAGAGGACUGGGGUGUUGGUGGAAAGCGGAGGAAAACGCCUGCAGGAAGUCAGCGACAAAUGCUGAUCCAGGUGAUGCGGUAGAUGACGCCUUGAUGAGAUGUGAUAAACAAGACGGUAAGUGUGUCUCAGUUUUGUGCUAUGCUUUGGAGAUGACAAACUAUGUAUAUGUCAAGUUCUGCAGC